AUGAAUUACCCUAUCCAUUGUGUUGGAUAUGCCCUGACGCCAAGAUUUUAUGAUAGAGAAUAUCUCAGUAAAAAAGCACCAGGAGGAUUCACUCGAAAGAGCCCUAAUCAAGAUAUAGAAGUGAUUACAAGCCUCAUGGAAGCAUUUGAUAAGAUAUCAGAAGAUCGAGAAGAAGCAGAGUUAUUACGUCAACAAUAUGCCAUUUUUCAUCAGCGAAAAGGUAUUUUUGCUACACAAGCUGUCCAGACAGAUACUGUAACUAUGGAUGCCAUUGAUUGGUGGUCAACAUAUGGUUCACAAGUUCUAGAAUUAGCAGAAGUUGCACAAAAGGUGAUCAUGAAUAGUGACGGCUCCAGAUUUCUUUGUUCUGAUAUGAAUUUGGAUGACUUCAAUUACAAUACUUUUCCUUUUGACAACCAUCCUUUGUCAUCACCAUUUCCUUUCGCAAGUGAUGAGGGUUUUAUAUCUGGUGUAAACAGCAGCACCUUUGGAGAAAACCAAAUUAGUGAUCAUUUCAUGAACCAAGGGGAGAAUGCUAGUGGAAGUGGCACAAAAUCUGCGGAAAUAAAGCGCAAACGUCGCCCUACUAAAAAGUGUAAACGAACAUUAUUUGGUGAGAAAAGUGAUAAUGUGCUCCACCAAGAGAAGAACCUUACUGGAAGUGGACUCAAUUCUGUGAAAGUGCAACGUAAACGUCCGCCUACUAAAAAGGGCAAAAAAGCAUCUGGUCAUCAGAGAAGUUCUAGGUUUCGCGGAGUUACGAGGUACCCAGGACAUUUUGAAGCAUUUCUAUGGGAUAAUUCUGAUUCACAAGUGAAAGGCAAGACAGUUUACAUUGGCGGAUUUCGAGAAGAAGAGCAAGCUGCCAGAGCACAUGAUCUAGCUGCUUUGAAGUAUUGGGGCGACUCUACCCCAUUAAACUUCCCUGUGAGUGAUUACAUGAAGGAAUUGGAGGAAAUGCAAGCAUAUACAAAGAAAGACUAUUUGCUCCAUAUUCGAAGAACCAGUGCUUGCUUCUCCAAAGGGCUAUCCAAAUAUCGAGGAGUUUCCAAAUACUCAAGAGGAAGCAGCAAGGGCUUAUGAUAUUGCAGUAAUAAAAUGUAGAGGAGGGCGGGAAGCAGUGACCAAUUUUGAUCUAAGCCACUAUGAUGUCGAAGGUAUUCUUGAGAGCCCAAAUAUUCCAAUUGAAAAUGGUGCUUCAAAGUUCAUAAGGUGGACUGCAGCUGAUCAUAUCAUCCAGAGCAGAAGAACCACUCACAAUGUUGCCGUUUCACAACUACAAGUUGAUAGCUCGGGUAAUAACCCUAAUAUAACCCCAAUAGCCCCACCAUUAUUUGAGCCAAAAGUGCAAUCCUUAGAAACCCAUUGCAAUUCAAACCCAGAACAACAAUAUCCAUGCCCCUCCCUCAAUCCCAACCAAAAUAAUGACCAGAUCCAAAUAUUCCAAUUCCCGCAGUACUUUAAAAACCCUAACUUUGAAUUUGAUCAUCUUCCUUGCUACCAGAAACCUAAUUUCCCAAUAAACCCUAGUUUCGAUAAUUCGGGUAACCAUAGUGAAAAGCAGAUAGUGCCAUCACUCCAGUUUCAACCUAUUCUGACCCCAGAGAACCACGAGCUUCAGUUUCAUCAGUAUAACAGUGAUAAUUCCCAGGCCCAUAUGCCUCAAAACCCUAGCUCCUCCAGUCUUCAAGACUUUCAGAACCCUAAUUGCCGUGAAAACCCUAAUAUUUUUAGUGAGUUGACUAACCUUCAAAGUGGUAGCGAUAUCAGGGAAUUUCCCAGUGGUCAGGAACCAGUUGCGAGCUUCGCAAUGAUGGGGACGAACGAGAGUCACAGUGAUUGCACCAAUACAGUAGAGGAAAAUAGAAAUUUUGCUGAAGACUUUAGGAUGGACAAUCCAGACUUGGACAUUUCAUCUAGCAGCUGGUUCGAAAUGUUAAUGACCUUAAACAGUUCUGACUUCUGAUUUGAUGCUGGUUUCUUAUGUCGAUCUUAUAU